CGCCUGGCUGGGCCCGCCCCCAGUGCUGCCCGUCCGAACGCGCUGAUUGGCUAAGCCGUCAGCUCAGUGAGUAGCGCUGUGAGCUGUCUCCAUAGUGAAGGAUUUUCCCGCCAGCGGCCAUGGCCAAGCAGAGCACGCUCUUCAGCUUCUUCGCCAAAUCUCCCCCGAUCUCCAGCACCACCAAGAGCAAGUCCAGGGAGGUGUCCGCGUCCCCCACCGAGGCCGACCUGCCCUCCUCCACUGCGGGCAGGAAGUCCAGCAGCUCGUCCCCCAAGGAAGGGGCCAGGGACCGAGUAUGUGGGGCUCAAAGCAAUGGAAGGAAAGCUCCUCGCUCUGCCACUCCCAGGUACUAACUACCACGGGGGCUGGGAUCACCUGGAUCCGUCCUUACUGUCCUAACCAGAGAUGGGCAUGGUGCUCAUGGGAUAUGUAGUCUCCAGGCAUGUGGAGUGCCAAGGUUUGCAGUCAUUGGUUGGCUGAGGAUCAUGGGAUAUGUAGUCUCCAGGCAUGUGGAGUGCCAAGGUUUGCAGUCAUUGGUUGGCUGAGGAUCAUGGGAUAUGUAGUCUCAAGGCAUGUGGAGUGCCAAGGUUUGCAGUCAUUGGUUGGCUGAGGAUCAUGGGAUAUGUAGUCUCAAGGCAUGUGGAGUGCCAAGGUUUGCAAGCAUUGGUUGGCUGAGGAUCAUGGGAUAUGUAGUCUCCAUGCAUGAGGAGUGCCAAGGUUUGCAGUCAUUGGUUGGCUGAGGAUCAUGGGAUAUGUAGUCUCCAGGCAUGUGGAGUGCCAAGGUUUGCAGGCAUUGGUUGGCUGAGGAUCAUGGGAUAUGUAGUCUCCAGGCAUGUGGAGUGCCAAGGUUUGCAGUCGUUUGUUGACUAAGGAUCAUGGGAUAUGUAGUCUCCAGGCAUGUGGAGUGCCAGGGUUUGCAGUCAUUGGGUGGCUGAGUGUCAUGGGGAAUGCAGUCUCCAGGCAUCUGGAGUGCCAGGGUUUGCAGUCAUUGGGUGGCUGAGUGUCAUGGGGAAUGCAGUCUCCAGGUAUCACGAGUGCCAUGGUUCGCCCAUCACUUAUGUGGAUACCUGGGAGCUCUGGGGUUUAUUCUCUAAAUAAACUGCAGUGAAUUGAAAUCCUUAUUGCAGAAUUCUGGGGGGGAAAAGCUGGCUUGCAAAGAACGCCUACUGUCUCAGCUUAGGUUUUGCAAUUUGGGUUUGUUCUCUGCAGUUUGAUGUGAGAAAACAAUGGAAGCUAUUCACUGAACACCAAAGUUUUGUGAAUUUGAAGCAGACAUGCAAAGUUUACACGAAAAUAGCUGAAUUAAAAGAGGGAAACAAAAAUCCAACUCUUUAGACACAGAUUGAUUACUUGCAUUUAGCUCCAAUUCAGAGAUUAGUGUAUAAACUCAGUUUUUUGUUUUCUUCCAGUUUCAAGAUGAUAUGGCCUAUUCUCUCCAUUAUUCCUCAUGAUGCUCUCCUUUAAUCUUGGCCUGAAUUGGCCAGCUCUCAACAGUCUAACGUUAUGGUGCUCUCCUCCAAUCCGCAUUCCUCAAUACACCUUUUAGGUUUCUUCAAUUUCUAGGUGGUUGGGAGAGUUCUGCUCAUCACACCUUUUAGAUUACAUCUCCAAUGAAUGGGCCGGUGGGGAUUAUCCUGGUCCCCACCACUACAGCAUCUGGUGCCUACCUCCACAAAGGGCUCCUCCACAUCCUUAAGUGAGGCACGGUCUUCCUAUAUCAAGGGUCCUGUUUUAGCGCCAGUCUUACCUGCUGUGGGCGGUGGUCAACUUGUAUCAGAUCACACCGACAUAUGGCUGCCUCUCCAUUACAUGUUUUAAUUCUUGCAGCUGUGUCGCAGAUUUAACUUUUAUUAUAAUCAUUAUUAUCAUUAUUAUUAUUAUUAUUAUCCUGUAAUAGUCAUGCCUAUCUCAAGCCUCCUGAUCUUGCGCACUUAAAUGGUCACAUACUUAGACAUGACAGUUUACUUGUGAUGGCGAAAAAAAGAAAACCAAAAAGGGUAAUGAGUGGACUAAAUAGAUACAGGCUGCAAAUAACCAAACACCAAAUAGGUGAAUAAUAAAAAAUAUUAUACAACCUGAAAAAAACAAUACAACGUAUUCUGUAAAGUAAAUAAAAAAAAAUAUAUAUAUAUGGUGUAGUAUGUUAGGGUUAGAUAUCAAGGUGAGUUUGGUAGAGAACGCACUUGAUCGAUGUAUAUUCAGACACUUCUCCCAUAAAUAGGGUCAGGAAAGUAAAUGGAUUAUCUUCAGGCAAGGUCUUAAUGGCUCAGAGUAACAGAAAGAAGGAAAAAAAUAUAUAGGGCAGAUGGUAUUAAAAUGUAACACACUUAUUGCACUUAAAGGAUAUCAGAUAAAAUAAGGCAUAUCUCCACAACCAGCGUGGUGUCCAGACUUCAAAGGAUAGCAGGAAGCUCCAGAGUUUCCAAAUGCAGGGUGGCAAUUAUACAAUAAAAUAAAAGUUUUAAAAAAAAAAGUAUACACAGGUCCUACGCGUUUCGUAUGUUGGGACUUCCUCAGGGAUCGAUGUAGAUGCUCCAGAAGAGUCUUCAUAUAUUGGUGACUGUGACGGACCCGCUGGCACUCCGACCAAGUACCUCCGCCAAUCAAUGCUCCUAGUGCUUGCUGAGGACUCCAAGCACUCCAACCGACACCAUCAGCACUGCAGACUUAUCCCAUCCCCCAAGCAUGAUCCAAGGCUUCAAGAAAGGUCUGUUUAAUGAGCACACAAAAGCAACAGCACUCAUGCAGCAAAACUCCUCCUCCUCAGAGGAAAACAAAAUGACAGUUAAAAGGGUCAGAGUUUGAAAAUAUGACAGUUGUAAGGGCAGACAGUUUGAAAAUAUGACAGUUGUAAGGGCAGACAGUUUGAAAAUAUGACAGUUGUAAGGGCAGACAGUUUGAAAAUAUGACAGUUGUAAGGGCAGACAGUUUGAAAAUAUGACAGUUGUAAGGGCAGAAAUAUGACAGUUGUAAGGUCAGACAGAGUUUGAAAAUAUGACAGUUGUAAGGGCAGACAGUUUGAAAAUAUGACAGUUGUAAGGGCAGACAGUUUGAAAAUAUGACAGUUGUAAGGGCAGACAGUUUGAAAAUAUGACAGUUGUAAGGGCAGAGAGUUUGAAAAUAUGACAGUUGUAAGGUCAGACAGAGUUUGAAAAUAUGACAGUUAUUGGAAGUUGCAGAACUGUGCCAGUACCAUUUAAAGGGCCAGAACAGUCUUUUAAAACACCAAUAAGUCCAAAUGGUGUUUCUAACUGGCAAAAUCUCCCAGAGACCAUAGUCAUACGGCAAGAGGCUGGUAAUUAGUCCUCUCCGGGCACAAGUGUCAAAGGGCACUUCGUCACAGUGUCCUUAAAGAUUAAUAUAAAUUUUUAUACUUUUAUCUGCCAUGAUGCCCAGACUUCUCUAUAGCCCGGAUUGUAUGUGUAUACACAAAACAUUUGGUGUUUAAAUUUGGUUUCUGACUAUAUGCUCGUCGCAAACCAUGACCCGGAAGACUUUUGUGUUACAAGGUAAAAACGCACGCCAUGACUGAUGACGUCAUAGACUUACACAGAAUGUUGUCAAACCAGGAAGUAAAGACCCGCAAUGAAACAAACGCCGGUCCAGCUGCCACGCAUUAAUCUUCAAGGACACCAAUAUAUGAAGACUCUCCUUGAGCAUCUACAUCAAUCCCUGAGGAAGUCCCAACAAACGAAACGCGUAGGACUUGUUUAUACUUUUUUUUUUUUUUUUUAUUAUUGUAUAUUUGCCACCCUGCAUGUGGAAACUCUGGAGCUUCCUGCUAUCCUUUUGAAGUCCGGACACCACGCUGGUUGUGGAGAUAUGCCUUAUUUUAUCUGAUAUCCUGUAAGUGCAAUAAAUGUUACAUUUUAAUACCAUCUGCCCUAUAUAUUUUUUUCAUUUUUUCCUGUUACUCUGAGCCAUUAAGAAGACCUUGCCUGAAGAUAAUCCAUUUACUUUCCUGACCCUAUUUAUGGGAGAAGUGCCUGAAUAUACAUCGAUCAAGUGCGUUCUCUACCACCCUCACCUUGAUAUCUAACCCUAACAUACUACACCAUAUAUAUAUUUUAUUUACUUUACAGAAUACGUUGUAUUGUUUUGUUUUUUUUCAGGGUGUAUAAUAUUUUUUAUUCACCUGUUUGGUUAUUUGCAGCCUGUAUCUAUUUAGUCCACUCAGUACCCUUUUUGGUUUUCUUUGUUUCGGCUUUACUACUUCAAGUGUCUUGAUUGGGAACACUUUUUUUCCUUAAAGGGUCCAUUUGUAUUUUGGGAGCAUAUAGUGAACCAUUCUUGUGUACUUUCUAUUUACUCGAGAUGUUUAAUAAUAAAAAAACUAAAAAGUGCUAGUCGCUCGACAUGUCCUGUAACAUACAUACGGAUUCUGUGCUGUAUCUAUUCUGGUUGAUGUGUCACGAUAAAUGUUUGCCCCAGUAUGCACUACAAAAAUAAAGAAUUUUUAAAAAGGGUUUCAUUAUCAAUACACGGAGCUAUACAACCAGAAAGUAAUUGCCAUAGGGUGUAACAAACUUAAUUUUCUCCAGAAUUUUGCACUUUUUUGUAAAAUUUAAAGAGGGCACGCCCUUCACACAUAAAGCACUUAAGCGUGCUAAAGUGCUUUAGGGGUCUGGAGUAUCCCUAUAAGAUGCUCACACAACCAAUAUCCCCUGGAAAUUGUAGUCCUGGACAGCAUACUUGAUUAGUCAUUGCAGUCUUAUUACAAUUGCCAUUUUAGUGUCACAAUUUUUAAAAUGCUUGUGUAUUUUUGUGUGUGUAUAUGUAAGUGAAUUACUGGCCAGUUAUGGGAGUGGAUAGAUUGCUUUGUGUGGGAGUGGAAAGGUUAAAGGAACAGUACAGUGUGAGGAAUACAAAUCUGUGUUCCUAACGUUCUAGUGUACCUGUCCAUACUUAAAUCAGUCCUUUCCAGUGGAGCAUUCUCAAAAACUGCAAUGUUUUACAUUGUAGGUUUAAGAGGGACAGGGUCACUGUACCAGAUCACUUAAUUGAAUCACUUUAAUUGUUUCUUUAAAGGGACACGAUAGUCACCAAAAAUAACGUUAACUUAAUGGUGUCUCUCUGCUCAUUUCUCUGCCAUUUAGGAGUUAAACCACUUGUUUAUGCAGCCAUAGUCACACCCCCUGCAUGUGAGUGGCACAGGCUUCCUAAGUCCCUUCUGUAAUGAGAAAUCUAAUGUUAUUGCAUAUUGUGUGUUAACAGAGUGGGAGACAAGAAUUUCUAAAUUGGUCUUCUAGACCUGCAAGAGUCUCGUGUGUGAAUUAUAGUUCAAUUAACAGAGCAGGUAAUACAAACUUCUAAAGCAAGUUAAUAUCUGAUUGAAAGGGAACCUAUUUUUUUUUUUCUUCAUGCAGGCUCUGUCAGUCACAGCCAUGGGAGGUGUGACUAUGGCUGUAUAAAUAAAGUAAUUUAACUCCUAAAUGGAAGAGAAUUGAAUAGUGAGACUGCAGGGGCAUGAUCUGUUGUUUUGUUCUUAGUAUCCCUUGAAUGUGACACUAAUGUCUGGCUUCUAAUUUUUAGGUACACAAGUCUGGUUUAUGUAUGUUCAUGUUUGUAAUGAUCCACAAUAAAACUGUUUCUGUGUUUAAAAUUGUGUCGCUGUUAAAUUAUAAUCUAUAUAUUUUUUUUUUGCAGUAUCGUAUGUGAGUUCACUCCUGGAGACCUGGUAUGGGCCAAAAUGGCAGGUCAUCCUUGGUGGCCUUCCUUAGUUUACAAUCACCCAAAAAGUGACACUCAUCUGAGGGGAAAGGGGAAAUCUCUCCAUGUUCACGUGCAGUUUUUUGACGAGAACCCAACUAGGGGAUGGAUCGGUGUAAAAUACAUGAAGCCUUUUUUAGGUAUAUUAACUUUAGUUUCGGUUUUAUUAUAUUAAUAUUUUGAUAAGGUAGAAGAAAAUGAGAAAAUAUAGAUUGUGUACACUUUUGAUGGAAGUAACCUCAUGCGUAUAUAUUCUAUAAAAAUCUGUAUAUAGUUCUGUCUAUCAUAAUUUUCAGUCACCUGAAGUCUUUUAUUGUAAUGGUUAUAUCUAUUUUCCGGUCUAUUAUUUUAUUUAUUUUUUUACUGUUUAUGCUUUCUGUAAUUUAUGUGAUAUCAGAUACCAUGAGGGGCACUCUCAAAUUCUUCUAGUUGUAAAAUCUCUGAGGGUACUGACACUAACCCAUCUGGCAAGCACCCAAUGUAUUGAUCUUGCGAGGAUGAAAUUCUCUGAUUUUUUUAUUAAUCAAAUCUGCAGUUUGAAAUCAAAGUGGAGAUGGAUGCUCUAGCUGGAACAGUUGUUAUCUCACUGACUGAAACACCACUGAGUUGAAUAAAUAUAAAUGUCCACAUGUUGUAAUGUAACUGUGUGAAAUGCCUGAAUUGACUUCACCUAUAUACAAUUUUUUUAUUUUUUUUUCUGUAGCAUUUUUAUUUUAUUUAUUUUUUAUUCAUUGAAGGUUCCACAGCUGUAGAAGUCCAAAAGGGUGGAAUGUUUUUCAGUACCAAACCUGAAUUGAGAAAAUCUAUGGUAAUGGCUGACGAUGCUAUGAAAAAAGACAAAGAAAAACGUCUUGAAUUGGUGGUGUGUACAGACCCUUCGGACUCUGAGGAAGAAAUGGAGGUAACCACUUGUAGUGUGAAGCAGUAAAGCAUUUCUGAGCAAUGGCUGUAAAUCUGCUCGUGUCUUCUACGAAAUUAGAGAAAAUCUAACUUUGAGUUUUUAUAUUUAUACAUAUUAAUAUGUCUAACUAUAAAUCUUUGACCAGUGUAUUUGGAGAUGUAUAUAAUUGUUAAACUCUGUUUUAGAUAAUCUUACUCAAAUUCUUAAAAUAAAUUUUAAAAAAAGUAUCCUUAAAUAUACUACAGGCUUCUAUCUGCAACAUGUAUUCCUGACCCUAUAGUAUUACAAGCACCAUCUAGCUCCCUUGUCCCCCUUAUUACAGUUAAAUCUUAAAUUUAUUCCAGUUUGCUGCUGCUGGCUCUGCCUCCUUGCCUGACAUUAUCAGAAGUGGUGGUCUGAGCCAAUCACAAUACUUUCCAAUAGAAAAGCAUUGGAUUGGCUGAGACUUUCAAGGAGGCCGAUGAGGGGCAGAGCCAGCACAAGCCAAAUACAGCCCUGGCCAGUCAGCAUCUCCUCAUAGAGAUGCAUUGAAUCAGUGCACAUCUAUGAGAUGAAAGUUCAUGCAGAGGAUAGAGACACUGAAUGUUACAGCACUGCCCCAGGAAGCACCUCUAGUAGUCAUCUGAAGAGUAAACACUCUGGGGGGAAAAAGUGUUUACUGCAAAAAGCCUGAAGAAAAUGAUUCUACUCACCAGAAUAAAUACAAUAAGCUGUAGUUCUGGUGACUAUAGUGUCCCUUUAAAUAAAGUUGAUGGGAAAGAUGGGAUAAAUUACACACACAGAAUGAUCCACAGAAUUGAAAUAAAUAUAUGUCCAUUUAAAUUUUCUAAAUUACAUUUAAUUGGUAGGUAAAUAAAGAUAUGUAUGCAUUAACAGACUUGAUAACCUGACAUUUUGUAAUGUAAACAAUCUCAAAAUGUGGAAUAUAUAGCUGAAACGUGUAGCUAGCUGCAUUUUAGGAGGUAGGAUAGGAGAUAAUUUAGAUAAUCUUGCUCUAUAUGUUACAAUGCAUUUUGUAUGAUUUCUUUUCCCUGUCUUUGUUUUUAUAGGUAGACAAUGACUUGUCUGUAAGUGAUGAGGAACCAGCAGAAAUACAAACAAAGAGACAGGAAAGCAAAAGUAGUGGAAAACCCAAAAGAAGAAGAAUUAUGGUCCAGUCGGACAGUGACGACAAGGACUCUGACGAUGAAUUCAAACCUGAAGCGAAGGAUAUUAGUGCAAGCAGUGAUGAAGCCAGUAGUGGAGUGGAUGAAAAUGAUCUCUCCGAACCUAGUACGGACACUGAAGUGGAUAGCCCCAUUAAAAUUCCAUUGAAACGUAAACGAGGGAAAGCUGAAAAUGUUCCUGUCUCAAGAAAGAGUUUGCAAAAGGAUGUCUCCGAAACGCCGAAAAGAAUACCAAAUGUUUCUGUUGAGGCAAAGCUGAAGUUGUCCUCUUUUUCUGCUCCUGAAAACUUUGAGUCUCAGGCGAAUGCCUCGGUGACUGGUAGUGUUUCUGUGUGGGAUCAUGAGAAGUUAGACUGGCUUCAAGAUGGCAGGAGAAAAGAUCUGAAACGAAAAAAACAAAAUGAUCCAGAUUAUGACCCAUCCACACUGUAUGUCCCUGAUGAUUUCCUUAAUAAAUGCACUCCCGGUAUGAGAAAAUGGUGGCAGCUGAAGUCUGAGAACUUUGAUUCUGUUAUCUUCUAUAAGGUUGGCAAGUUUUAUGAAUUGUACCACAUGGACGCUGUCAUUGGUGUCAAUGAGUUGGGCUUGACAUUUAUGAAAGGAGCUUGGGCUCACUCUGGAUUUCCAGAGAUUGCUUUUGGACGUUUUUCUGAUGUUCUUGUACAAAAAGGUUUCAAAGUAGCAAGGGUGGAGCAGACAGAAACUCCUGAGAUGAUGGAAGCACGCUGUAAGUCCAUGUCACAUCCAAGUAAAUUUGACAAGGUGGUAAGAAGAGAAAUAUGCAGGAUAAUUACCAAGGGAACACAGACAUACAGUGUUUUAGAUGGCGAGCCAUCAGAAAGCCAUAGUAAGUACCUUCUUUGCUUCAAGGAAAAAAUAGACUGUUCUGGUCAGCAGAGAGUAUAUGGUGUUUGUUUUGUUGAUACUUCCAUGGGAAAAUUUCAUAUUGGGCAGUUUGAUGAUGAUCGGCACUGUUCUAGGUUUCGGACAUUGGUAGCCCAUUUUCCCCCAGUUCAAAUUUUGUUUGAGAAGGGAAACCCUUCUAUAGACACUAAGAAAGUCCUUAAAAGCGGUGUGUCUACUUCCAUUCAAGAAGGUUUGCAAACAAUAUCUCAGUUUUGGGAUGCAUCCAAAACACUAAAGAUUUUAGCUGAAGAAGCAUAUUUUGCAAAACAAAGUAAGCAUGAUGACGACAAUAGCACAUUACCACCAGUUCUUAAAUCCAUGAUAUCCGAAAGUGAUUCUUUAUCACUAACUCCUGGUGAAAAAAGUGAACUUGCACUAUCUGCCCUAGGUGCCUGUAUAUUUUACCUUAAAAAAUGCCUUAUUGAUCAGGAACUGCUGUCGAUGGCAAACUUUGAAGAAUACAUUCCUGUUGAUAAAAAUAUAGAAAAAUCACUGAGUUCAAGCAACUUCUUUGCUAAAACAAGCCAGCGUAUGGUCCUUGAUGGAGUAACACUAGCAAACUUAGAGAUUCUUCAAAAUGGAACCAACGGAUCAGCAGAAGGAACAUUGUUAGAGAAAUUAGACUCAUGCUUCACACCAUUUGGUAAACGGCUCUUGAAACAGUGGCUUUGUUCACCUCUGUGUAAUCCCUCCUCGAUUAAUGAUCGCCUUACUGCAGUGGAAGAUCUUAUGGCCAUUCCAGAAAAGGUCUCUGAAAUUAAUGAGCUUUUGAAAAAACUCCCUGAUCUUGAAAGGCUGCUAAGUAAAAUUCAUAGUAUAGGUUCUUCACUUAAAAGCCAGAACCAUCCAGACAGUAGAGCGGUUAUGUAUGAGGAAACAACUUACAGUAAAAAGAAAAUUGCAGAUUUCUUAUCCACCCUAGAAGGAUUUAAGGUGAUGCAUGAAGUCAUUAAUAUCAUGGAUGAUGCUCUUGGUGAUUUCAAGUCCAAUAUACUUAGGCAAGUUGUUGGGCUUAAAAAUAAAACUUCCAAGGGACUCUUUCCUGACUUAUCAGCAGAGCUAAAAAGGUGGGACACCUCCUUUGAUCACGAGAAAGCCCGAAAGACUGGGGUAAUCACUCCUAAAGCUGGCUUUGAUCCAGACUAUGAUGAAGCUUUGAAGGAUAUAAAAGCAGCUGAACAGAACUUGAAUGAGUAUUUGGAGAAGCAACGGAAAAGGCUAGGCUGCAAAAGUAUAGUUUAUUGGGGAACUGCUAAGAAUCGCUAUCAGAUGGAAAUACCAGAGAGUGUCACUGAACGCAAUUUGCCAGAAGAAUUUGAAUUAAAAUCUACAAAGAAAGGAUACAAGCGGUAUUGGACAAAGACCAUUGAAAGAUUAUUUGGAGACAUUGUGAAUGCGGAAGAGAGGCGAGAUGCAGCCCUCAAAGACUGUAUGAGACGUCUAUUUUAUAAUUUUGAUGUAAACUACAAAGAAUGGCAAACUGCAGUGGAGUGCUUCGCUGUACUAGGUAAGUGUGUGGUUUUAGUCAAUGACUUGGCUUUUAUUUAAAGUGACACUGUCACAGUCUAGGGACUUUGCCAAAUUUGCAAAGUCCCCCAACAGUGACAUUGCCGCUGGGAGUCCGGUAGUUAGGGGUGAGAUUAGUUACCUUAAACUGUCACUCUCGGAUGCCGCCAUCUUGGUUGCGCCGCUCCCCCAGGAACCGACAUACUGUACUGAGUACAGAAUUGAGGUAUCUGGUAGAUCCCGUAAGACCGGGGAAUCCUCCACAGACACAACUUGACACAUAUGCUCCACUUUGUCAGGCAGAGGAGAAAGACAGACAGAGUAGUCCCUACUUUGUCUCUGUGUAUCUCUUGACUGGGUUGGAAUUUCAGUUACAUUCCAACACCGUCAUAAUGAGUAUCUUGUAAAGAUUCAAUCUUUAUGAAAUACUCCUUUUUAACAUGGGGGUGACAGUGCUGCUGUAUAUGCAUUCUCUGCUUUAACUAUAUAAAAUAACUGUCAAGUAAUACAUGUCCUUUUAAGGUCCUCUAGUAAGUAGCACCACUUGUCCAAUAAAGUACCAUAUGCGAUAAGCAGUUUACAGAAUUUUUUUUAGAUGCUUAUGCAAAAGAUCCGUUAAAAACUUAUUGGCUCUUUCUACCUGCACAGUCUUGUGUAAGAGAGUAGGGUUUCUGACCAGAGACACUUUAAAACUGGUUGGCCCCCAUUGACCAAGGGUAUGCCAGGAGAUGCAGUAAUAUGUAUUUUCAUUCUCAUUUACUUUUUAUUGUAGUAUCUGCGUUUGCCCCAUUAGAAGUGACCACAGGAAUGUAUUAAUUUGAGGAGUCUAUUGCAGGAACUUAAAGCAGUAUUUUUUAAAACGUAAUGUAUGCACGUACUGAUUUGAUUGUCUGAAUACUUUGGUAAUUGUUUUGUUUUUUGUAUUCCCAGAUGUCCUCCUGUCUUUGUCCCAGUACAGUAAAGGUGGAGAUGGACCAGUAUGUAGACCUAGUAUUUUGUUGCCUGAUGACACAUCUCCUUUCCUGGAGCUAAGGGGCUCUAGGCACCCCUGUAUUACAAAGACUUUUUUUGGGGAUGAUUUUAUCCCGAAUGAUAUUGUAAUUGGCUGCAGGGAUAAGGAAGACUCUGAUAACAGUGAGGCUCACUGUGUGCUUGUGACUGGGCCAAAUAUGGGGGGCAAGUCAACCCUGUUGAGACAGGUAAACUCACUUUAGGGUCUGUCUGCUGUUCAUAUAUUUUUUUUUUUUCACUACUAUGUCCUACUUCAAACUGUAGUCAACACAGCUGUUCCUGUACAUCUAUAUCUGUAUAUCGACCCUUCUCCUUCAGCCUCCCAAGUCACAUGUAAAGAAAAAGUGUACAAAAAAAUUGUAUUUAAACUUGCCAAAAAAGUUAUGUCAGUUAAUCUUAACGGACCACUAUAGGCACCCAGACCACUUCAGCUUAAUGAAGUGGUCUGGGUUCCAGGUCCAUCUAGGGUUAACCCUUUUUUUUUUUUAAAUAAACAUAGCAGUUUCAGAGGAACUAUGUUUGUUAGGGUUAAUCCAGCCUCUAGUGGCUGUCUCUUGACAGCCGCUAGAGGCGCUUGCGUGCUUCUCACUGUAAAUUUCACAGUGAGAAGACGCCAGCGUCCAUAGGAAAGCAUUGUGAAUGGCUCCUGAUGCGCAUUCAGCCGAGGAGGAGAGCUCCCCGUCUGGUGCUGGAGAAAGAGGUAAGUUUAACCCCUUCCUCUCCCCAGAGCCUGGCGGGAGGGGGACCCUGAGUGUGGGGGCACCCUCAGGGCACUAUAGUGGUCCUUUAACUAUUGCACAGUUCUAGCACUGAAUUUACUUUAUUGGUAUUUUAAUACCAGAGCAAUAUUAAAAUAUUGACUGAUAAUGGCAAUUUUACGUUGUGUUCAGUACUGCCAUAAUGUUUGCAUUUUGUAAUGAGCAGCAUCGAAAGCACCUUACCUCCUCUACGGGUAAUGAUCUUUUUAGAGUAAAGCAGGGCGCACGUAUCUCUGUAGUCAGCAGUCACUCUCGUCACGGUUUUGCCAUGCCUUUUAAAUGUAAUUGAAAUGUCUUUUUUUUUUUUUGUUCUGUAUGGGAGGUUAACCUGCUGUGGUCGUGUCUACUUGUAGGCUGGACUGCUAGUCGUCAUGGCACAGUUAGGAUGUUAUGUUCCUGCGGAGAUAUGUCUGCUGACUCCUGUUGACAGAGUGUUCACAAGACUGGGAGCAUCAGACAGAAUAAUGUCAGGUGAGCGAUUACAAAGUAUAGAUGGAUGACUACUUCAGGUCCCAACGUUAAUAGUGACAGUACAAUAAUAAAUAUAUAUAUUUGAUUGACAGGACUCCUAACUUUUGUUUGUAGGUGAAAGCACAUUCUUUGUGGAGCUCAGUGAAACAUCCAGUAUUCUGCAGCAUGCAACUGAACAUUCCCUUGUACUUCUCGAUGAACUUGGUAUGUGUGAUUACUGCUCUUGAAAAGUGCUUUAAAUACUCCUUUUAUAGAGGAACUGUUAAUUAUAAUUUUACUAACGUUUAAAGCAAAGCUCAGUGUGUCUUCUGAUAUAAAUUGUUGAGAACAUUGUGGGAACAUAGAAGUGCUGAACUAGCACAAGUGGAGUGGAAUUAAAGGACCACUCUAGGCACCCAGACCACUUCAGCUUUAUGAAGUGGUCUGGGUGCCAGGUACCUCUAGGAUUAACCCUUUUUUUUUUUUUUUUUUAUAAACAUAGCAGUUUCAGAGAAACUGCUAUGUUUAUACUGAGGGUUAAUCCAGCCUCUAAAGCCUCUAGUGGCUGUCUCAUUGACAGCCGCUAGAGGCGCUUGCGUGCUUCUCACUGUGAAAAUCACAGUGAGAGCAAACAAGCGUCCAUAGGAAAGCAUUGUAAAUGCUUUCCUAUGUGACCGGCUGAAUGCGCGCGCGGCUCCUGCCGCGCAUGUGCAUUCAGCCGAUGACGUCGCGAGCAAGGAGGAGUACAGCUCCCCGCCCGGCGCUGGAGAAGGUAAGUGUUUAACCCCUUCCUCUCUCCAGAGCCCGGCGGGAGGGGUUACCUGAGGGUGGGGGCACCCUCAGGGCACUAUAGUGGUCCUUUAAAGCAACGCUGUCACUGUAUGGGAACUUUGCUGAAUACGGAAAGUCGUCGUCCCCCCCUCCCCCCCCCCCACGGUGACAUUGGCACACAUAAAGGAGAGAUUACUUACCUGAACCUCGCUAGUGCCGCCAUCUUUCUCAUGCUCCUACUCUUCAACUACUGAACUAUGGAGACCAUGGGAUCCUCUUUGGGAGGGACGGCACUUAUUUACUGGACUGAAGGAAAAUGGCACAAUUGCUUGUUCAAAGCAGAGUUUCUCUUUUAGUGUUCUUUCAAGUGGGUAAAUAAAGCAUUUUCAUAGAUCAUUGAAUUGUAGGAACUACACUUAUUAAACCAUGUCUUUUAAGCUGUUCUAACUCGGAUGUCUACAAAUUCUCUUUAGGCUUUUUAGAACUCGUCAUUGCAUUUCUAUAUUUAAAUGUUGUUUUUUUUUUUUUACUUGGGUUAUUUUGUGGAAUAGGUGGUCAUUUGGUGGUAAAAUAUUACGUCAUUCUAUUUCACAGGAAGAGGUACGGCUACGUUUGAUGGGACUGCUAUCGCAAGUGCAGUGGUUAAAGAGCUUUCUGAAAGUGUUAAAUGCCGUACUUUGUUUUCAACGCAUUAUCAUACUCUAGUGGAGGAUUACUCCUACACCCCAUCUGUGCGUCUUGGACAUAUGGUAAGUUCCAUGCAUGAGAUUUAACUAAUCUGUAUCCUUUAAUUAAAAAUAUAUAUAUAUAUAUAUUCUAUUUUGAUUUAAAAAAUUUAUUUAUUAUAACUAUCACCUUAAAUUAUUUUGAUAAAUAUCAAAGAGGUUAAAAAAAACAGAAACGUACUAGCAUGAUUAUGGCUGGUAAGUGUUCAUUUAUAUUAUUUAUAUAGCGCUAGCAAAUUCUGUUGCGCUGUACUAUGGCUGCGUAAAGAUCUAGAAAAUGUGUCCAGUAUUACAUCCGGCUAGAUUCAUGGGUCUGUAAAGCACUGUACAAGCUGUCGUAUGUUCAUUCAUGUCAGGAAUGUUCAAGACCUGUCUAACCUGUGCUUGCAUUGUGCAGAUGUUACAUGAGCCCCCACCUCCUACCAAGCUGUCAAUAUACACAUGCCUGACUCUUGAUUUUGGAGAUGGUGCUGUCAGUUUGCAGACAGCAAAAGUUAUAUUAAUAUCAGCCUAUUGAACAUCUCCACUCAUGUCAUGGACAGCGGACGUACUAGGUAAAAUCUACUAGACAAAUCUGUUAGUUAUCUGAUCGCCACUAUUCCCUCGCCCGUGAUCGGUGUGACGUCAUACCAAGUAAUUUUUUUUUAAAUAAUAUAUAAAUUAAAAAAAAUUAAAUGAAUAUAGAAUUUUAUUGUAACUGUUUUUAUAAUAUAUAUUUUUUAUCAAAAUACACCUAGAAUGAAAUCUGUGUAUAUAUAAAUAUAAUGCAAAAUAUAUAUCAUAUACAUAAUUUCAUAAAUAUACACAGACUUCAAAUAUAUAAAUGUGUAUUUUUAAAUUCUAUGUGCAUUUAUGUAAUAUUUUUACUUAAUUAUUAUUGAUUGCAGGACCUGCCUGACAAACCAGGCCGGAAGUCCAGAGAAAUUUCAUUUGCUAGCACUGUAUUUAACCCUGUAACUUUCCAUAACAUCCUAAAACCUGUACAUGGGGGGUACUGUUUUACUUGGGAGACUUUGCUGAACACAACUAUUAGUGUUUCAAAACAGUAAAAUCUAUCACAGCGAUGAUAUUGUCGGUGAAAGUGAAGUGUUUUUGCAUUUUUUUUUACACACAAAUGGCACUUUCACUGAUUAUUGUUGUGAUAGGUUUACGGUUUUGAAACCCUAAUAUUUCUGUUAAGUGAAGUCUCCCGAGUAUAACAGUACCCCUCAUGUAUAAGUUUUAUAGUGUUUUUUUGAAAGUUAGAGUCAAAUAGACUUGAUUUUUCUUUUCCUUUUUUUCCACAUUGAAAUUUGCCAGAUUGGUUAUGUUGCUUUUGAGAGUGUAUGGUAGUCCAGGACUAAGGAUUACCCCCGUGACUGCAUACCAUUUGCAAAAUAAGGGUUUUUUUUUGUUUUUUAAGUAGCCACUUGGUCACAAACACUAGCUAAACUUUGCAUUCAUAAUAGUUUUUUGCAUUUUUAACACACAAAUAUAAACACUAACUAUGGCCAGUGUUUGUGACUAAGUGGCUACUAAAAAAGAUUGGACAUACCCCAUAGUGGUUGUCUACUUUAAAAAAAAAAAGAGGUGUGAUUCAGAGAUUUGUGACAGAUAAGUGUUACAAUGCCACUAUUGAUACAUUUUUAAAAAUAUAUAUUUUGAAAUGGCAAUGUCCUACUUGUACUUAUUGCCCUAUAACUUACACCAAAAAAAGCUAAUAACAUGUUAACAUUGAGCAUUUUCUAAACUCAGGACAAAAUUUAGAAACUAUUUAGCAUGGGUGUUUUUUGGUAGUUGUAGAAGCGUAAAAAUUUUUCAUCAUGUUUAUUAAAAAAAACACCUAUAGUAAAUUUAUAUCAUGAAAAUAAUGGUAUAUUUAGACCAUUUAAUGGUGUGAAAACUACAACUAAACACAAACAAUGUAAAACAGCCCUGGUCCCAAACGGUAAGAUAAUUGGAAAAACUGUCUUGUCACUAAGGGAUUAUUCUGAAUCUCAAACGAUCAUAGGUUUUAUGGGAUACGAGAAGCACCCUUAAGACUGGAAUCAGAGGCUCACGAGUGGUCUGGCACCUUGUGCAUGUUUACUGCUGCUUCAUUUUUGCGUUGAGGUAGCAAGAAGAGCAGGGCACAUUGACAUUAUUUUUUUUAAUGCACUAUUGAGAUAGUACUUUAAAAGGAAUACUUGAAACAAUUACUGCAACCUAUUGUAGAUGUUAUGGCACCCCCCCCCCCCAAUGGAAGGAGUGAAACUGUUUGUUUGAAAAUAUACAUGUAGGCUGAAAGGUACUGGCUCUUCCUCUGACCCUGCUACAGAUUCAAGCUGCACUGAUCUAUUUGAUGAGUUAAGAAGUCAAACUAUUUACACAAGGACACUGCAUAAUCACUACUCUGGGCAUAAAUAUUUUCUGCCCUUCCCCCCCCUCUCAAUAUUACACGUGUUUGUGCACAUCUUCCUAAUAAUGAGCUGUGAAUAUGCAUAAGACCCUAACUGGAGCAAAGGAAUUUCUGACUUCUGCAUAUUGCUGAUAGAAUUUGCAUUUUUACAGUAAAGCAAAUAGGUUCAUUGUCAUUUUAGGCUUGCAUGGUUGAAAAUGAGUGUGAAGAUCCGAGCCAGGAGAACAUUACUUUUCUCUACAAGUUCAUUGCGGGAGCAUGCCCUAAAAGUUAUGGAUUCAAUGCAGCGAGGCUUGCAAAUAUUCCUGAUGAGAUCAUUCAGGCAGGACACAAGAAAGCAAAAGAAUUUGAAAGAGUUACAAUUUCCCUGAAGCUAUUCAGGUAAGUGUUUUAACCUCUCAAAAAAAAAAAAAAAUUACUUGUAAUCAAACGGUGAUAGUUUACAGCUAGGGCUAAACUUUUUAGCUAAUGUCUACUGGAAAUUCAACCCUGGUGUUCCAUGGACUCUCCAGGCUUGCUGCAGUGCACAACCUUUAAGGUUGUAAGAGCAUACAAAUAUUGAAAAUGUAAGCGCUGGGUACAACUAUACACAAAAUGCAGGUUACUUUUUUUUUUUUUUUUAUUAGUUUAUAGAACCAAAUUUAAAUCAACUUUCAGUUUUCUUCACCACUUAACUGGGGCCUGGGGCUACUUCAGUAUAGAAAUAACCAACCUACAGCAGAUUGUAAACUAUAACAUUUAGGCCAUAGGUAUUUCCUUUCUAUAUUCGAUGAUGUAGCAACCUCUCACACACAAUGUGGUGAUAACAUUAAAGACAGGUCUGGUACCCUAGACUCCACAUAUUGGCACUGGAUUUGUGUUCUUUGCCUUAACGAAUAGCAUGGUGCCUGACCCUAGAUAGCAGUGAUGGCUAGCCCUGACACCAUAAAUUUUCUGAACUUUUCCCAUGAUGCUAAGCCAGCUAUCAUGGGAAAUUUAGUCCAGAAACAAUUUAUGGUGUCAAGGUUAGCCAUCCACUGCCUAUUAAGAUCUGGUGUUACCUGCUGCUGACUCCCUUUAGUUCUGAAUAGUUUUAAUAAGGAGUGUGGGUCCUUUGUCACUUACAGCCCACUGGAGGUAGGAUGAGCUUCUGCUCAUGGUAACAUUUCCUCAUUAAUGGGGCUGCUAUUAUAUUAACUCUCGUUUAGCAUUGAACAGAAGGUUGAGUCUAGGGGCCUCCGAAUAACUGCUUCAAUUAGAGAAAUAUUUUGCCAGUCCAAAUUAAAAUGUAUAGACUUUUUGGUAAUUGUGUCUUUAUUUAACCCAUCAGAGAACUCUACCUUCUACUGGAAAAACCUUUCAAUGGCCCGGCUUUACAUAAACUGCUGGAGAGAACAUAAUAUGGAAAAAAAAAAAAAACACAACUGUUUUUGGUGUUUAUUCACAAGGCUGGUUUUCACACGGUAUGAUCUAAUAAACUUUAUUUUUUAAAAAUGACCAUAUUUCCAUUUUUUUUUUUCUUUCCUAGGAAAUUAAAACCCCUUUUAAUUCAUACCUACCCUCUACAUAAUGGUUAUUGAAUACUCCACAAUAUAUUAAGUCUAGAUGUUAUGGUACAUGCAUACACUUUCAGGCUGUUGAUUAUCCACUGUCACCAAUACAUAUAAAUGGAAAAGAAAAAAUAAAAACACAAAAGCUAUGAAACUGUGUAGAGCUGUAUAUAGGUUUGUCUCAGCUUCAUAAGAGCAGGAAAUUGUUCUAAAUUUCCAGCAAGUGUACAAGUUCCAGGCUGUUCAAAUAAAAAUGAACAGUAACAUAGGAUUUCAGAAACUUUACAGUAAACUUUUAACCAAAGUUAACACCCGCCAGAUCCCAAGGGGAGUGAUGGAAGUAUCCACACGCAGCAUCAGUGCAUCUCUACAAUGUCUCCUAUGGACAAUGGUCAAUGACCUGGGAGUCCAAAUCUGACCCCCUCCAUCUGUUGGAGUAGAACUACCCAGAAGCCAAAGGAAAUUACAGCUGGAGGGCCUGACAUCCCAUGUUCUUGUAUACAAGGACUGUUGAAGGGGGUUACAAGUGGAAAGGAGACAACAUUCUAACUCUCCAAAAGGAUACCAGAAAAAUUGCUGGAUUAAGAUUAGUGUUUUUUCUCUUUCAUAGAAAGAACAUAGAUACUGGGACAUGAGUACAGUUUACAGCAAUUCUAUGGUGUACUAACAAAACAGGACACGUUCAAGUACAAUAAGUUUGCUUGAAAUUAAAAUUAAAAAAAAAAAACCUACAUGAGAUUAAAGCAUUAAAAUAUCUCAAUCUGAAUACAUGUUUAAAAAAAAAAAAAAAAAUGCAGAAGUGCUAGCUCACAUUUACCAUGUUACAAAAAGCAAUUGGUACCCAUGCCCAUAAGGGCAACAGCAAUGACCCCUGCUGCCUGUCUACAGAAUAGUACUACUGCAAAUCGGACUGCCUUACAACACUACUUGUGGAAACACCAGCUUACUGUGGUGUCAGUACAAAUCUGCAGCUUAUUUUCUUCACGUAAGUCCUUAAAGUCUUGAGUCCAGAGUAAUGCUAAAAAUGCCCAGUUCUUCCUUUUAAUCCUGAGUCAAUAUAUUGCCUCUUCCAUCUCUACUUCCUUUAUAUAUUUAUUUGGCAGGUUUAAGUUUGCUCAUAUAAACAUCUCAGUCUUCCAGAAAUGGGCAAUUUUUUUUUGUUUUUGUUUUUUUUCCACAAAAGAAGAGGUUUAUGAUGGCAGGACUCCCCCCUUCAAGAACGAGUUCAGUUGUGUUGCAAAGUAUUAGAUUCUAUAGGUGGAGCAGAGUCAUAUAGAGUGUCUGUGUCAUGUGUGGGUUCUCCAGCUAAUGUACAAGGAUUAGACAAUGUUCCAGCACCACAGUCACAGAAAAACCUUAGAGGAUGAGAGAAAAUAAUUAGGCACAUGCUUUACAGAACACAUUCUAAAUCUGUAGUCUUAUGCCUUCAAUUCAAACACAUACCUAUCAUGUCUAAUAAAUUCUACGUCAUGUCCUUGGUGACACUUUUUAAUGCAGUUCACACAUAUGGCGUUACGGUCUGUGGUAUUGCAGGUGUGACAUCU